AUUUAUUUAACUUAACUUGGAAUGAUCGGGAGCUGACUCGCAGUGAGUCGGCAUAAAUACUGAACCCCAUGAUUUGAAACAACUUGGAGGUAGUCACAUGAUCAUGAGAUAUUUAAUCGAAGGAGCGACAUGUGGAUGCUUAUAAUAUUGUGACAUCAUAAACGCAAAGUAAAAUACGAAAUAUCUAAAUGCUGAAAAGGAAAAAAAAGAAAGAAACAGAAUGGAAAAUAUGUUCCAAAAACUACAGAAAAAAAUCCUCGUUUCUGAACGAAAAUUAAACAGCAGACUUUCAAAAUGUUCGCUGUUCAGCAAACCAAGGAUCCUAAACCACUCGAUGUCACCAGUGGUAUCCCCCGCUGUUGAAACCCCACUUUGUGACGAAACGAUGGUCGUGGUUGAGCGCCCGGCCCCCAACGUACGACUCGUUUUGUUCAAGGAGUUCGGAGACACCAGCGAUCGAAAAAUUGUUUUCGACUCCAAAAGUUUGCAGCAGGUCAAGGAAGAAAAGAAUAUUGAACAACAACAACAACAACAACAACAACAGCAGGAGCAGAAGCCUCAAUACCAGUACGUACGAACACCAGCAGAUUGGGAUAUGUUGUCUGAGAUGUUGUUUGGAUCAGUAGGAAUGGCUCAUAAAGUUGCUUCUAUCAAGAUACAUUAUGUCAAGAGUCCUCCCCAAAUCAUGUUGAGUCGUGUGUUUUGUCUUCCAUCGUUGAAGGAUGCGGCCACUGUUAGUUUGGAUAGAGGAAUGGAGAACCAUCUUGAAAUGCAGCGUUCCAAUGCAGUGUCGAGUAGAAGGAAAGCCAAUACAAUGCCUGUCCCUUCCCCUGUGAGGUCCCACACCCCACAACCCAUCAACCGACUACCCAGAUCGGACUCAAGCUCAUCUUUAACGAACUUCUUCGCCAAUCCUUAUCUACUUCACUCAAGCACAGGUUCACUUGGGACUACCAAGAUCCAAAUCCCAUCCAUCCAUAACAAGUCACACUCACUACCUAAACAUCAGCGGGAUAGUUUCACCUUACAUGAGGAGAUAAAUGAGAAGAGCGUUCCAUUCAGACGAGGAAAGCUAAGAAUCGGAUUUGCUGUGUUAUGCGAACCGGAACCAUCUAACGCAAAGGCGUUCCGUCAGUUUUUCUUUGAACAUUUCCCCAUCAUUGAAACACACAUGACCAAACUGAAGAACGACAUCGAACAAGCGUUUAAGUUUCAACCAAAGCAGGAGUUCUAUCAUUCAAUGAUGAAGGCACUUUCCACUUUCACCCUGUCCCUCCAAACCCUCUACUCCACUCCCCGUCUCCCUGAGCCAGUAUGGUCCACCUUACAAUGCCCAACCACUUCCACACACCAACGUUCGGUGGUUGUUAAUUGCUUUAUGGGGGAUCUAGUUCGGCUUGUGGCUCACUGUAACUCCAAGCAAAAAAACUGUUUCUUCACGGGUCUCCUGACAUCGGUACUUACCCACCAUCUUGGCUGGGUGAGCUCUGCCACCCCAUCUAAUGGCGGGAACGAACCACAAGAGAAUUACAAUGCAUUAUGGGUACAACUUGGUGAUUUAUACGGCGCAGUUGGUUCCCCCACCAAAGUUUGUCGCACAGUGGUGACGGGUAGCAACCAUGAAUCGGUGUCCACCGUGCUUAGUGUGUUGUCGUAUUUCAUUCGGUCAGCAAGAGUGGACGACGUGGUUCCCGUGCCUGAGAAAAUUACGCCUGCGUCGCUCGGCGUCCCGACCACAGUCCCGGUGAAGAACAUUCGAACAAACCUCGUGGAAUCUGAACUUGAAGACGACGAGUAUGUUCUCGUUAGUGUGGAUGAUGAUGUCACAAUGAGUCAAGGUACAUCAUCAAACUCUAUGACAUCAUCAUGCUCUAUGACAUCAUCAAGCUCUAUGACAUCAUCAAAAAAUACUAUGGCGUCAUCAAACAUUAUGACAUCAUCAAAUAGUGUGACAUCAUCAAGUGCGCUGACAUCAUUAAAAAAUAAUAUGACAUCAUCAAGCACUACGACAUCAUCAGGUAUGAUGACAUCAUCAAAUAGAAACAACAUUCAUCGAAGCACUUCUUCCCCGAACGCAUCUUACACGGGGGAUUCCCCGUUACUGAGAACAUACAGUGGGCCGAUAAAACGACGAGGAAAUUAUCCAAUCAGUGGCCUUCGUGCUCCCGACAGACAGCGCACAUACUCCAACGAUGGAUUGUUACGUCACAGAGGGAUCCAGAGUCGACGCAAGUCACAUGACACCACGUGUGACAAGGUGGCGGUAGAGAGCAUGGUCCGAUCGUCAACAAGCACUUUAAGUUUAAACGCUAUUUCUUCCAACCACCGUAUCAUCCUAAACAAACCGGAUGAUGUUGCUGCGUUCGAACUCAAACUCCCCGAGAUACCGACCCACCAACCAGGGUGUGAACCAACUAUAAGAAACAAACCAAUACCUGCCAAGAAACUACCCACAAAAGAUGACGCCCCGUGUAAAGAGAUUGAAACGCACGCAAUGCACCUUGAACCCCGUGUGCAAAAUGUGCUGAACGUGCAGCGAGCAUGCGUGGAACUCAAGACUCCCCCUAAGUUACCCACGUUUGCCCCGAACACUAAACCCCCGGUCCCCACCGAACCCCGCCCACCCAUAAGGUCGGUGUCGAACCCUUCCGUCGUAGCACGCGACACAAUCCAACCAAACCUGCGCCGAAUAUCUUCCAACUGCGGAGCCAAAGUGCGUGUUGGUGCGCGGCGACAAAAGCUUCCCUGUUCCCCACCCCCUAGUGGUAACUACGAAAGUGAAAGUCCGAGCUUCCAACGCAUUGAACUCAUGCGAAUUCCAUCAAUUGAGAUCAACCAUAAUGCGUUUGACGAAUAUUUUAAUAAUUCCGAUGACGAACAAGACGAAACAAUCUCGAAACAAGACGGAACAUUCAUAGAACGCCAAACAUUCACUGCCGUCCCCACUAACCAACUACCUUCUACUAUUUACCCGAAACUUGACACCCAAUCCCCAACCCAGAACAUGCAAGCCCCAACUUCACCCACCCCGCUCCCAAGGAGCCCCAAGCAUCCCAUCUCACCAACAACCCCACACCCCACUUACCCACCAACUCCUCAUACUGAAACCCCGAAAGUAGCGAUCCCCAAACUUUACCCCACUUUACCCACAGCGGGUGACACAAACCCCCAGCCCCGGGAAUUUCCCAUCCCACGUCCCAGGGACUUACCCUUACCCAGUCUCACCCCCACGAACACUUACACCCCGUGUUCAUUCAAGCACAGCAAUGACAUCACAUUCCGUGAACUCCCACUUAGUGAUGUCAUCGAUGAUGAGGAUAAACCCAACAAACCACGAACGGACAGCGUUGGAUUCGACUCCUUAAUGGCAGAUUACAACCCUGAAUAUUUAACCGACUUUGUGCUCCAUGGGUCACAUGACCAUCCUGAUAUGCAUGAGCGCAUCUUACAAGACCUAGAUCACAUGACAAGGAUACCAUCAUUGGACGAACCUGUGGCUGAAGCUGUUUGCAUCCUCGCUGAUACUGAGAACUGGACAGUGAAAGUAUACAGCAGUCAACGCCUCCACAGCGAACGCCCAUCGUUACCCGCUCUCACCUCAAAGCUAGUCGGCUCAAUAUUGCAACGAACGGCUCAUUUAUACAAUCAUAAAAUGUCGGCGCAAUUUUGUUUGGAAAAUCUUGAGCGCGAAUUACGCCAACUAGUGUUAAAGAGUCGAAUGUUAGCGGAAUAUGUCCGAGGAAUUAAACGGGUUACGGUCGAUCAACUAUCAGCAGUAUUAAACAUUGAAUCUCAAGACAUCCCGUUACUGAUGGCAAUCGCUUCUUGUCAUAGUCCACAUGUUGCCCCUGUUAUGUUAUGAUGCGAACAUCUUGUACGACAGUGGUUCUCGUUCCUCGAUGGUACACACAUAAGUGUUGUUCUAUUUAGACUUCUUUUACAACUUAUUUAAAACACUAAAGAAGUUUUUGUUUCCUAUAUUUCCUUUCUUUAAAAUCUACAAAACGUAAAAACCUACAGUGAGCAUUUAUUACAAAAGCAACUUUUAAAUUCUUUUAUUUCAUUUCCUAAAUUUCUUAAAAAAGUACAAAACUAGUUUUGUCUUUAAAAGCUAUUGUUUUAUUAAUUUAAAAAGCUUUGACACUAAAUCAUAUUUUUAUUUUUACUGUUGAUAUGUUUAAACUUGAUAAGUUGCUCACAUUUCACGUAGAAGACCCUCAUGUACCAGAAGUGGUACGCUACCAUAGGAUGAGAACCACUUCUUUAACACGGGGUGUUCGUGUUUGUAUACGCAGUUUCACUUUGUUGUUAUUGAAACAACUUAUUCUAUUUUAAACAUUAAAUAUUUUUGUUAAAACUUUGUUUUGAGCGAAUUUCGUUUUUCCUGUGUGACGUCAUUUUGCACGUUGUGACAUCACAGUGGUAUCUGUUACGCGUUGCAAGCGUCGGUUGUUACGUGGUGCUGCUGUGUUAAAUGUUACUUUGAGCGCACAAUACAUCUGAUUAUGCACGAUA